AUGACAGGCUCGUCCAGGUGGAAGGUCGCAGCGGUGGUCUUAAUGCCUCUUAUAGGUCUGUUAUUGCCGGUGCGGGCGGACGAGCAUGAACACACGUAUACAGACAAAGAAGAGGUGGUUCUGUGGAUGAACACAGUGGGGCCCUAUCACAACAGACAGGAGACCUAUAAAUACUUCUCCCUGCCCUUCUGUGAGGGCACUAAGAAGACCAUCAGCCACUACCAUGAGACGUUGGGAGAGGCUUUGCAGGGUGUAGAGCUUGAGUUCAGUGGCUUAGACAUCAAGUUUAAAGAGGAAGUAAUGCAGACGACAUACUGUGAAAUUGACCUGAACAAAGCUAAAAGGGAAGCCUUUGUCUACGCCAUCAAGAACCACUACUGGUACCAAAUGUACAUAGAUGACCUGCCCAUCUGGGGGAUUGUUGGAGAAGCUGAUGAAAACGGGGAGGACUAUUACCUCUGGACUUACAAAAAGCUGGAAAUUGGCUUCAAUGGUGACAGGAUUGUGGAUGUUAACCUGACAAGUGAGGGGAAAGUCAAACUUGUGCCAAACACAAGGAUUGCUAUGUCUUACUCAGUCAAGUGGAAAAAAUCUGAUGUGAAAUUCGAAGAUCGAUUUGACAAAUACCUUGAUCCAUCAUUCUUUCAACACAGAAUUCACUGGUUCUCCAUAUUUAACUCCUUCAUGAUGGUCAUUUUCCUGGUGGGCCUGGUGUCUAUGAUCCUGAUGAGGACACUGAGGAAAGACUAUGCCAGAUACAGCAAAGAGGAGGAAAUGGAUGAUAUGGACAGGGAUCUUGGGGAUGAGUAUGGGUGGAAGCAAGUUCAUGGUGAUGUAUUCAGACCCUCCAGCCACCCUCUGAUCUUCUCCUCCCUUAUUGGCUCUGGUUGCCAGAUCUUCUCUGUAUCCCUCAUUGUCAUAGUUUUGGCCAUGCUUGAGGAUUUGUACACUGAGAGGGGGUCCAUGCUGAGCACUGCCAUAUUUGUUUAUGCUGCCACCUCUCCAGUAAAUGGUUACUUUGGGGGAAGCCUGUAUGCAAAACAAGGGGGGAGGAGGUGGAUAAAGCAGAUGUUUAUCGGGGCGUUCCUGAUCCCAGCUAUGGUGUGCGGUACAGCCUUCUUCAUUAACUUCAUCGCUAUCUACUACCAUGCCUCCAGAGCCAUUCCAUUCGGUACUAUGGUUGCAGUGUGCUGUAUCUGCUUCUUCGUCAUCCUUCCCCUGAACCUAGUUGGGACGAUCUUGGGUCGGAAUCUCUCAGGUCAGCCGAACUUCCCCUGCAGGGUUAAUGCUGUGCCCAGACCCAUCCCAGAGAAGAAAUGGUUCAUGGAACCAGCUGUUAUCGUGUGUCUGGGUGGCAUUCUACCAUUUGGGUCAAUAUUCAUUGAGAUGUACUUUAUUUUCACCUCAUUCUGGGCCUACAAGAUUUACUACGUGUAUGGCUUCAUGAUGCUUGUGCUGGUCAUCUUGUGUAUCGUGACUGUGUGUGUGACCAUUGUUUGCACGUAUUUCCUACUCAAUGCCGAAGACUACAGAUGGCAGUGGACAAGCUUUCUUUCUGCAGCCUCCACAGCGGUUUAUGUUUACAUGUAUUCCUUUUACUACUAUUUCUUCAAAACGAAGAUGUAUGGCUUAUUUCAGACAUCGUUCUAUUUUGGGUACAUGGCUGUGUUCAGCACUGCUCUGGGUAUAAUGUGCGGAGCAGUUGGUUACAUGGGAACAAGUGCCUUCGUGAGGAAGAUCUACACAAACGUUAAAAUCGACUAGCAUCUCUGCAGCAGAGCUGCGAUCAGCCGGCAUUUUCCCAGCAGCGGCGGGCACAAGUCUUUGUUUCUUUUGCAAGAAGAGAUUGUGAUCUUAUCUUGUAUAAAUCUAGUUUUCCAUUUUCUCAGUGAAUUCAAGGUUGGAAAUUGUGCACACAAAGGCAAAAAUGGAAGAUGAAAUAAAGUUUUAUUUGUAUUUUUUUUUUAUUAUUAUUAAUAACGUUUCAUUUCUUUCCUCUGGAGCAAAUGCAUAGAUUUUAUGCAGUUUAAAAAUGGAAGAAAAUGUAAACCACAACCUUAGUUCUCUGAUACAUCUGUCCCACCCAUCACCAGUGAACAUAGACCUUUAUUGAUGGAAUAGUCUAGCUCUCUUCAGUGAAGAGGCCAAAGCGUGUUGAAAGCCUUUGUUCUAUUAUAUGAGAAUAUUGGAGAGUUGGGUUUGUGUCCGUGCUCCUACCUGUCUUUUAUAUUACAGAGCUGUGUGAUGCCAUGGUUGUAUUGUUUUAAACACUUGUUUUGAAUCACCUAGAGCGUAACAUGCAUUUGAAUUUGCAAAAUGUCCAUGUUGGAUAUUUUUUCCAUCAUUUAAAAACUCAGUAUAGGCUACUAGCAUCUGUGUAGCCAGACUUAUUCACGUAGCACCAUUUUUUUUUCUCCCCAGUUUACACUAGCUAGUUCAAAUCAAAUGAAAAACAAACAAACAAAUAGUUUGCAUCAAAAAAGAAGUUUUAUCCUGGUUCCCUGCCCAGGAUAUAGAUUAAUGUAGGACUGGUCAUCUGGGAGAACUGUAGAUUGAAUGGCAGAUUGUUCUAAUUGGUUGUUUUGAGGUGAUCUUGUAUUUUCUGGUUUAGUCUUACUUUUAAUGUUGGGUUUUGAAUGAAGUCUGCUUGUGAAGAUAAUAUAUGGAUGGGGUAAACAUGUAUAUAACCUUAAUAACGUAACUGUAGAUGUAGAUCCCAAAUGUAUUUUGGUUGUACAGAUUUAUUACAGUUUUUUUUUUUCUUUUUUCUUUUUAAGAUGUUCGGUUUAAAGAUUUUGGUUCUCUUUUCUUUCACUUCUGAGCUUGGGGUGGGCGGCACUGUUACAUCUUGCCUGUACUUGCAUGAAGUUUUCACCUAAUUGUAUGAAGUUCUGUUUGUAUCUGCUUUUUUUUUAAAUUCCUGACACUCAUGUUCGCCUACCCUUUUCAUAUGCAUUGUGUGAAGCAGUCGAAAUCCUGUCAAGUGCUUCUUUGACUUUGUGCUGCUCGUAGAGGAGAUAGUCAAUACCGGCAAUUAUUAUUUUUUUUUCUUUACUUUCAACAUUUAUGAUUUAAAGCUUUAAAUGGCUCUCCAUAAGCUGGACAGCCACCUCCCUCAUGCUAACUUUUUGAAUCCAUUACCAGAACCAAUGUUGUGAAUGUCCGACACAUUCAGAGUUUUGGCAAGCAUACUGUAAAGAGUGACCUUGUACACUUUAUUAGAUGUUUUCAUUGCUGUCCGAUGUGCUGCUGCAGCACUCCAGCAAACAUUUUGUUUUCAUUCUGCUGUGUAAAUACAGUAUGUAACUAAAGAUGUCUGAGAUGUGACACAGCCUUUUUUUCUAACCCCUGAACCUGCUCAAACUGGUUGAUUUCUGGUUCCUCAUGUCAUGAACCUUGUGAUGUCUGAAUGGACAUUUUAAACAUACUAUUAAAAUUGUGCUGUAAAAAGAAAAAAAAUAAACAUUGUUUAUGUACAGAGGUUAUAUAGGCAUGGUUUGAAUUCUAAAAGUGAAGUUGUCUUGAUAAAUAUUUUGGCUAAGUGAUUUUUCUUUUCCCAAUUCUUCAAGACAGCUGAAAAAGAAACCAUGUUUUUUUGAGAACACACAUUUUCUCUGUAAUUGCACUUUUCAAUCAAUAGAAUAAAAGAAUGGUGUGAUGGCA